GGGAACCUCGAGCGAGCUGCGAGGCGAGGCAGUCAGUCGCUCUCAGCUACGACAUGCAUAACGCAUGAGAGAGCCUGAGCGAGAUCUUUCCGAGCCGUUUUCGUCUCCACUCUCUCGCGCGCGCGCGCGCACGCACGUACACACAGUCUCCUCUCUCUCUCUCUCUCUCACUCACUCGGAUCCUCUCUCGCGCCGCACACUCGCGCGAGAAAAACACGCACGCACACAUACAUACACGUACACACACACGUACACAUGACACACACGCACACGCGACACGCGUAUACACACGCACACGCGCGCGCACAAGCAAGACACCGCGCCGUGAAUCGGCUUGAUACUCUUCUCCCGUGAUCGUGCUCGUCCGGGUCGUCGUCAAGCUCGUGCUCUCCCGUCUUUGCGGAACGACGGGACACCCGAGCCGCGAGUGCCGUCUUCUUCGUGGUCGUGUCACGGCGUCACAGUGAUCGGUCGCGAGUGAUAUUAUAUAUACACGGGAUCGUGCCUCCUGUUCCCGUCUCGUAGGAGCAACGGCAUCAUCGCGGCCAUCACCGGGGUUUCAGUUCGGUGUUGAACGAAACACGGCAAGAAGUGUGGCAAGUUGAAACGACGACGGAUUGCGACCGAUCUUGGUUGGACGCGGUUGUGUUCGAAACGUCGGGACGAGUGGAGUGGACGGAGAUAUAUAUAUACAUAUAUAUCAUUCGCUCCCCUGUGGAGAGAAGAAAAAGAGUAUCAUUUCGUCGUUUCCAUCCGCGGACAAGUAUGGACGAAUCGGUCGCCGCGCGUUCCACGAUGCCUCUUACUCGGGAUUUGGUGCGUAGCCGCGAACGAUGGACUGUGCGUUGAUCCGAAAAGGUCGGUUGUGAGAUCAUCGGUGUCGUGCGCAGAGAGAUUUUCUAUUUCCUUCGCGAAGCCUACGACGACUCGUAAAUCAUUCCCCGUAUAACGUAGAGACACGCGUGGACGAGAGGGAUAAUCGAAAAGGAGGAGGAGGAAGAAGAGGAGGAGGAGGAGGAAGAAGAAAAGAGGAGAGAGAAAGAGGAAAGGGAGAAAGUGGAAAAAGGGAGAAGUGGAAAGGAAGCGGGGGAAAGGGUGCCCUUAGAGGGCAGCCCGAAAGGGGAUCGGAGAUAGGAAGGAAAAUCGAGGUGUGGACGAGCGGAAGUAGAUGGCCGCUACCACGUACAUGCCGAUUAGUAGCGCAGUGUCGUCCGAGCUGGAUGGUGGUUCGGGUACCGCGAUCGGGAUGAAUAUCGCUGUGGGUGGCUACUCCUCGGGCUCGCCUCGCAGCGCCGCCGACGCCGGGGAGAUGAAGUACAUGCCGGCGCCGCAGCAUCACCACCAUCAUCAUCAUCAUCACCAGGUGACGUCGUCCCCGUCGCCGAACGGCCUGUCGCACCCGUCGCCGGCCAGCCUCUCGUCGGCGAACCCCUGGGUGAGCCUGCAGCCGAGCAGCGACCACUGGGCGGCCUCGAUGGGCAUGCACCACACCAGCCACCAUCCGCACCACCAUCCGCACCAGGCGAACGUGGCCGGGCUGGACGUGAAGCCGUCGAUCGCGGCGGCGGCGGCGACCGCGGCCGCCGCGGCGGCCGCCGCCAACGACCAGUCGAUGCAUCACCGCGGAGGGCCUCACCAAUCGCCCGGGAUGGCGUCCCCGCACUCGAGUUGGCACGCGCCCGUCGUGCCCUCGGCCCAUUACAACCCGAGCGGUGGCGCGGCCUCGCCCACCACCCUCCAGCAGUACCACGCGGCGAUGAACGGGAUGCUGCACCCGCACCAUCCCCAGCACCAUCCCCAACUCCACAACCACCAGACGGGGCUGCACCCGAACCUGAGGGAUCCGGGCUCGCCGGUCGGCCACUCGCUUCACCCGGGCCACGCGCACGACAGGGAUCAGAGCGCCGGGGAGGAGGACACCCCGACCUCGGACGACCUCGAGGCGUUCGCCAGACAGUUCAAGCAGCGCCGGAUCAAGCUCGGCUUCACCCAGGCGGACGUGGGCCUCGCGCUCGGCACCCUCUACGGGAACGUGUUCUCCCAGACGACGAUAUGCAGGUUCGAGGCGUUGCAGCUCAGCUUCAAGAACAUGUGCAAGUUGAAGCCGUUGCUGCAGAAGUGGCUCGAGGAGGCGGACUCGACGACCGGCUCGCCGACCAGUAUAGACAAGAUAGCCGCCCAGGGCAGGAAACGGAAGAAGAGGACCUCGAUCGAGGUGUCGGUGAAGGGCGCCCUCGAGCAACAUUUCCACAAACAGCCGAAACCCUCCGCCCAGGAGAUCACCACCCUCGCGGACAGCCUCCAGUUGGAGAAGGAGGUGGUCAGAGUGUGGUUCUGCAACCGACGGCAAAAGGAGAAGAGGAUGACCCCGCCGAACACGCUCGGCGACGGGAUCAUAGAGGGCGUGCCGCCUGGCCACCAAAGCCAGCCUGGCCUCCACCAGGGCUACCAUCCCCAGGACCACCUUCACGGAUCCCCCAUGGGCCACAGCCACAGCCCCCCCAUGCUCAGUCCCCAGGGCCUCACCGCGCACUCGUUGGCGGCCCACUAGCGUUCGCCCGGGCCUCCCCCGUUGGGCCUCUCGAUAACUUCGCAAAACUCGGCGAACAAUCCGGUUUCCUCGCCACCGGAAACGCUCCCUCCGUUUUAUCACCACUACCUGCAGGCGCGCACCGGCAGCUACUCGACCACCUCGUAGUAGACGUGGCCGAGGAGGGAAGAGGAGAGAAGGAAAUGUUGUUUCGCUCCCUAGUCCAACUCACCAGACCGCUACUUCGUCGUACGUCGUCGUCGUCGUCGUCGUCGUGAUCGUGCCGCCCUUGCCGAAGGCUUUCUUUCUUCGUCUCUUGGACGAGGUUCUACAACGGGGAUUACGCAACGAGGCCGAGUCGCGCAACGAGAGAGAAAAGCCGAUCAACGGGGAGGCUCGUGGUGGCGCGAUCGCGAAACGCGCCCGCCCGAAACAAGGAAAAAACAAGGAUAAAUAAAUAAAUGAAUAAAUAAAUAAAUAAGUAAAUAAGUAAAUAAAUAAGUAAGGAAGGAAAGAAGGAAAGGAGGAAGGAAAAACGCUCUUGGAAAUUCGCCUACGAUCGGCUACGAAUCUCAGGGAUAACGCCAACGUGUCGCAGCCGCAGCCGCAGCCGCAGCAGCCGCCACCGCCGCCGUCGCCGAUCAUCGUCUGUUCGUCGAUCGAAUUGACUCUCUCUCUCUCUCUCUCUCUCUUUCUCUCUUCCUUUACUUACCACCCUUUCUCUUUCCCACCCUUUUUGAUUGAUCGGCCAAUUGUUCGAGGAAAUCGGGAAACGAAAAAUCUCGCGGCCCGCGAUCGUCUUGUUUCGUUCUUCUUGUUUCGUCGCCGAGUUUUUAAUCAUACGAUCGCGCGAUAUCCCGGUGUUUGGAAAGUGCGUACAGUUUCUUCGGUUGCUUCGAUCCGUCCGUCUGUUCGCUCCUCGUUUUGUUGGUUCAUUGUUCGAAACAAGAGGAAGAAGAAGAGGAGGAAGAAGAGGAAGAAAAAGAAGAAGAGGAGGAGGAGGAUAAAAAGGGACGUUGAACGUCUGAUCGUGUAUAAUUCGUCGUCGUCGUCGUUGUUGUUCUCGUUUACGACGGUGCAAAAAUACGAAAGGAGGAGAAAUGGUGCGAGGAACGCUGUUGUGCGCAUAUAUCGUAUAUAUCGACGAACGCGAUCCCGUCGCGGACGGGAGACCGACGGACGGAUAUGUGGCUAUAUGCCCGAGGAAAAUUAAAGGAAACGCAGCCAGAGGCGAAGAGCGGUGUACGUUCGCGUGGGAUUUGUUCGAAGCAAACCCGCCGGAUGAUGUAACAUAAGUAAAUAUGGACUGUAAAUAAUGUACUAGAUAAAGCUAGUAAGUUAAGUGAGAGCGCGCAUCGUCGUCGUCUUCUUCUUCGUCGUCGUCGUCGUCGCCGUCGUCGCCGCCGCCGCCGUCGCUGUCGUCGUCGUCGUCGUCGUCGUCGCCGCCAUCGUCGUCGCCAUCGUCGUCAUCGUAAUCGUCGUCGUCGUCGUCGUCGUCGUCCACGUCGUCGUCCACGUCGUCGCCGUCGCCGUCGUCUUCGCGAUGGUGGUGAUGGUCAUCGUCGUCGUCGUCAUCAUCGUCAUCAUCGUCGUCAUCAUCGUUCUCCUCGUCGUCGUCGUCGCCGUCGCCGUCGCCGAUCUCGAACGAGUCGGAUCGAGUUUUCGACUCGAUCGGAGACGAAGACAGAGAGGAAAGGAAAAGAAAAGAAAAGAAAAGGAGAAGGAGGUGUGUGGAGCGAGGGAAUAAAUGAUGCGGCGCGACCAAGUGCGUGAGAGGAGAAAAAGAAAAAAAAAAAAAGGAGAAAAGAAAAAAAAAAGUAAAGACAAAACCGAUUGAUCGCAAUCCUGAGAGGGACAGGACACGCGUGAGAAACGGGGGAAAAAGAGGCACGCGUGUCGGGAAAGAAUCGUGUGCUGAGAAAGAAUCCUAAGCGACAACCAGACAGAACUCCCUUGCAAUGAAAAAACCCCUUCUGUGUAUAAAGACUUACAGAUUUGUCUCGUAUCGUCCUGCUGCAAGCGAUCGUUCCAGUGUCCUGUCGCAGCCAGGCAUCGUGUCAGUGUGGAAAUGCAUAAUUACAAUAGAAUUUACGGUAUAAGUUGUGUUAAAUCAAUGUUAAUCGCUGUAGCGAAGUGGGGUAUUACAAUAAAUACAUUAUUUUAUGUAAA